GUAUUUGUUUACAUCCUGUGGUCCUUUCAUAUGCUGAUCUGAUCCUAUCAAACAAUGAAUUUAACAACGAAUCUCGCUUUGUAAAAUGUUUUUCUUGUAAUUAGCGGAAGGUAGAUCGGGUAUGGAUUUAGGGUUUAGAUUAGUUUUUUUAGUUGGAUAUAAAAGGAGCACAUUCCUCAACAAACUUAUGUAAAAUGUAAGAUUUGUGAAUGAAUGCUAGUGGUGAACAAUGGUAGUUGAAGUAGAGAGCUUUUAUGGUGUUUACAUGCUGUACUGCACCAACCCUAAAUUCAAAGGGCGAAUCUACAUCGGCUUCACCGUGAACCCCGAGAGGAGGAUUGGGCAACACAACGCGGGGAGACACCGAGGGGGCGCCAAGAGGACCAGCGGACGAGGCCCAUGGGAAAUGGUUCUCAUCAUUCAUGGCUUUCCUUCUGAUAUUGCUGCACUGAGAUUUGAGUGGGCCUGGCAGCAUCCACACUCCUCUCGGCGGCUGACCCAUGUGACCAGACGCUCUAAGAAAGAGUCGAGUCUGGAGUUCCAUUGGCGUGUGUUGUCCAACAUGCUGCGGGUGUCACCGUGGAACCGCCUGCCCCUCACUGCUCGCUGGCUCAAACAGGAGUACAGGAUGGACUUCGAGCCUAGCCUACAGCCUCCUCUGCACAUCCCCAUUGCUUUUGGCUGCGUGCGGGCCAAGAAGAAGCCUAUGCUGCCUUCUGGAGAGGAGCAGGAGGAGGUGUCCUGGUGUUCUCUCUGUGGACGAAUUGUUAGGGGGUCAGAGAAGCUGAGCUGUUUUCAACCAUCGUGCACAAUGAAAAGCCACAUGAGCUGCCUGGCCAAAUCCUUCCUGAAGUCUGAGCCUGCUCAGCUGCUGCCUGUGGAGGGGCAGUGUCCUGUGUGUCAUACCACAGUGCUGUGGGGAAGCCUCAUCCGUCACAAACAUGGCUGCUUUGGAGACCUGGAGGAAAUCGCGGCCCCCUCAUCACAGAGUCACUGGGCAGAUGAGCUGCAGAUAUAAUGAAGAGGAGCAAUAUGAACCUACAACCACUUGAAUUGUAAAGAAUCGUGUAAUGUAAUUCUAUUUUAACAACAUUUUCUGCUUCAUGAGUGAAGCAGAAAAUGUGAAUAUGUAAAAUAUAUGCUUUCAGUAUUUAUAUUUGUAAUAAAAUUAUGCAUUUAUAUCUUUAUUCCAAAAAACAAAUCCUAAAACUACAUCCAAACCAGUGUAGUAGAAAUGGAUGACUAUUUAUGUCGUAAAAAAAAUCUUUUUAUGUCUUUGUGUAAAUGCUUUUAGUCUAUGUCAGAGAUAAGGACCAGUCAUUAACAAGGCUCACAAAACUCUUUCUUAUUUAACCUGUUUUCAAGUGUAAAAGUUGAUUAAAUCAUGGUUCUGAAACAAAAGUUA